UUUUUAUGAUAUGUGUAAACGUCGAAAAAAAAAGCUCUACAGAAAAAUUAAGAGUAAGUUUAAAAUAUUAUUGACGUAAAAAAAUUUGAUAUUUUGGAACUGAAAUAUAUUUGUGAAACAUGUCUCGAAAUCGGCAAAUAUAAAUCCUAUGUGACGAGUUUUAUAUGACUGUUAAUUGCAAACAUGAUCAGUUCAAUCGCGAGAAUAUAUACGUUAAUUUGCUUGUUGAUAUAUUUAUUGACUACGAUUGCAUUUUUCGAUGGAAUUAACCGACUUGAUAAUUUGAAAGAAACGUAUUUUGAAGUGACUGAAGAGAAUGAAUGGACAUCACUUCUUAGCUUCAUUAACAAAAGAAGUGUGGAUCGGCAUAAAUUAAAUGCCAGCUUGGAGAACGUUGAGAAUAAAUUCAGAAAAAAAGCCGACACUUUAUCGCGUAUUUUAAAAACUCACAUCGAUCUUUUAAGGAACGAAACUGAUGAGGUGGAAUUAGUGUUUUUGGUCGAUUCUUCAGGAUCAGUUGGAUCAAAGAAUUUCCACAGUGAAUUAAAUUUCGUAAAACAUGUUUUGUCUGAUUUUCCUGUGAUUCCUUCUGCAACGAGAAUCGCGAUCGUGACGUUUGGUGGAAGAAGACACAUCAGACGCAAUGUCGAUCAAAUAUCUCGCACUAAUGAAAAUGAUAACAAAUGUUAUUUGUUGAAUAAGCAAUUAACUAACAUUAGUUACACUGGUGGUGGAACAUACACGCGUGGCGCGCUUUUAGAAGCUUAUAGGAUUCUUGAGAAAGCUCGAUCGAAUGCAAAAAAAGCAGUGUUUCUUAUAACCGAUGGAUUUAGCAACGGUGGUGAUCCACGACCUGCGGCGAAUCUUUUAAAAGAUGCUGGUGCAACGAUAUUCACUUUUGGAAUAAGAACAGGAAACAUCGAUGAAUUGCAUGACAUAGCCAGUUCUCCUAAAGACACGUAUAGUUAUUUUCUCGAUAGUUUCAUGGAAUUCGAGGCAUUGAUACGACGAGCUUUGCAUCGUGAUUUAAAAACGGGCAAGUACGUACCAGUGACGUUUCCAGAUAAUUGUAAUCUUUUAUGCAGAAAUAUGAGUGAUGUCGGGAACGAAAAGUGUUGCGAUAAUUUCGCGACUUGCGCCUGCGGUAUUGUGACCGGUCAUUACGCUUGCAUUUGUCCCACAGGCUAUUUUGGUUCCGGUUUCAAAGAUUCUUGUCAUCCUUGUCCAAAUGGUACGUACGCAUCUGGAGAAAUCUCUGGUGAUUUUACGUCAAUGUGCAUAUCGUGUCCUGACGUAAAUCACGUGACUAUAAAAGUACCUGCAACUUCAGUUGAACAUUGUGUUUGUGCUUCCGGAUUCACCACAGAGGGAAAUAAGUGCGAGGUUGUAACAUGCCCCAAAUUGAGACUUCCUGAAAACGGAUAUUUGGUGAAAGCAAGCGCGUGCAGUAACGUUAUCCACGCCGCUUGUGGUAUAAGAUGCAGAAUCGGUUUCUAUCUCACAGGCGACAGCAUCCGCCUUUGCGGAAAGGACGGUAAUUGGUCUGGAAACGAGCCAAAAUGUUUGCCCAAGACUUGUCCGGCACUUCGAGUCCCUGCACAUGGACGGAUACGUUGUCAAAACGAUGAAGAUCACCACUUGAUCAAAGAAGACACGACUACGUAUCCAAUCGACACACGUUGCCAAUUUAAAUGUGAAACUGGUUAUCAACUUCGCGGAAGUAAAAUCCGCAAUUGCUUACCUCUGUCGCAAUGGGAUGGUCUUAAGGCUACGUGUAAAGCAAUAAAAUGCGAACCUUUGAAGCAAGUUACAAAUGGAGAAAUUUUGCCCGAAAAUUGUUCUGGUCCAGGAAAGGUUGCAUUUGCAACCAAUUGUACUAUAACAUGCAAGAAAGGUUUCGUGCUCGAGGGUCCACAUUCUAGAUAUUGCGGUGGUCGUUCUGGAAUCUGGACACAACGUCGAACUGUUAAUCGUUGCGUAGAUAAAACACCACCUUCGAUAACUUGUCCAUCCGACAUUAUCGUUGAAAACGUCUCAGGGAAGAAAUACGCUUAUGUAAAUUGGACAAUGCCAAAUGUGACCGACAAUGUGGAUAAAACACCCACAUUAUGGAGCAAACCAUACAUUAGUUUUCCCUGGAGAGUAAAAAUUGGUAUACGUACAGUAGUGUACAUGGCGCAAGAUUCAUCUGGAAAUAAAGCAAAAUGUAAAUUUAAAGUUAAAGUCCUUGAUACUGAACCACCAAUGAUCGAGAAUUGCGUAGAUCCUCCAAUUUUAUUUACGGACAAUGGUAUUGGAAUAAAUAACGUAAGUUGGGAUGAGCCUGGUUUUCACGAUAAUUCCAAAACACCCGUACAAGUAGAACAAAAUUAUCUUCCUGGUGAAAAUACAUUUCCAAUCGGUGUAACGCAAGUGGUGUACAAUGCUAUUGACAAGUAUGAGAAUAAGGCAUCUUGCGUGCUAAACAUUACUAUAAAAGACGCCUGCGAAGAAAUUCCAAAAGUGUUAAAUGGUCAUUCAAAGUGUCAUCCGUCAUCGAUAAACGAAACCAAUGAAUGCUCUAUAAUUUGCAAUGAGGGAUAUGGAUUCUCAACUGAGGAAUCGAAUCUCAGCGUUGUGGAAGAUAUAUUAUUAUUAAAAUGUAAUAGAAGUACGUCAAAUUGGUUUGAGGAUAGUUAUAUUCCUGAUUGUUCAGAAUCGACAAUUCCUAAAACUGUAUCCCAAGAAGGAAGUAUUAUAUUAGAAGGAAAUGAAACUAAUGUUUGCGAUAAUUUAACAACCCUUCGUGAACUGAGUGAAUAUAUUACUGCCGAUUUAAGAUCAAUCUUACUCGACAUUUGUGGAAACGAUGUCGAAUGCAAUCUCAUUACGUUUGAUCCUGAAUGCGAGGGAAAUAUUCCAUCAUCGGGUACAGUUUAUUCCAAUAUCUUAAGAAAACGAAGAGGAUUUGAUUAUGACGAUAUUAACAAAAAAUCAGAACGAGAUGCCAAAAUGAAAAAUAAAACGAAAAUGAGAAAGAAAAAAGAGAAAAUUGAGAUUAAAUUCAGAUUUUUAGGAAAAAUAAUCGACGAAUAUUUGGAUAAUCCACGAGAAGGUAUACAAAAAUUGAAAGAAAAACUCGAGUCGUUGUCAAAAUCUGGAAAGUUAAACUUGUUAAACAAUAAAACCAACGAAGAAAUUGCGAAACUUGCGUUAAAUUUACACGUGAUUUUUAAAAACUUUGAAGAAGUUUGUGAUCCAGGAAGCGUCUUAAGAAAACACUAUUGCGUAAAAUGUCCAUUGGGUACAUUUUUCUCUUCCUCGAAUAAGCGAUGCCAAUCAUGUUCUUUUGGAGAAUAUCAAAAUAUAACUGGAUCUUUAAAAUGUAAACGUUGUCCUAAACAUACUUCGACGAAAAAGAUUCAUUCAAAAUACUUACGAGAUUGUAUAAAUUUAUGCAGGCCAGGAUUUUAUUCUCGAAAGAAACGUUAUCUAAACAUAGGAUUGGCUCUUGAACCUUGCCUUAUGUGUGAAAUUGGAUUUUAUCAACCAGAAUAUGGACAAACACACUGUCUAUCGUGUCCAUCUGGUACCACUACCAAAAAUCGUGGAACUAAAAGUAUAAAUGAUUGUUUACCAUUUUACAAAAUCGAAACUAAUAUUUGCGACUCAGAAUCGUGUUUAAAUGAUGGAAAAUGUGUACAAGAAGAAGAUAGCUUUAGUUGCGAAUGUCCCGAUUAUUACGUUGGUUCUAAGUGCGAAACAUUUCGAAAUCCGUGUGACUCUUGGCCUUGUUUGAACGAAGGUAUAUGUAACGUGGAAAUUUACACGAACAGCACAAUAUCGUACACUUGUACGUGCAAAAAUGGAUAUUCAGGUAGCAAUUGCGAGGUAUACAUUGAUGAAUGUAUUAUUAAUCCUUGCCAAAAUAAUGGCACAUGUAUAAGUACAGAAAAUGAUUACAUGUGCGAAUGUAAAAAUGGUUUUGAAGGAGAAUUUUGCGAAAUUGUUGUCGAUUAUUGUAAUCUUUUACCAUGUAUGGAAGGAUCUACUUGUCGCAAUGUUAACGAAACUUGGCAAUGUUUUUGUAAACCUGGUUUUCUUGGUCGUUAUUGUGAUCUAUUGCCUUGUGAUUGGCUACCGUGCAAUGAAAAUUCAUAUUGUGUGAAUAUCGAGGAAGAAAAUGCAACGAGAAUGAGUUACAGAUGCGAAUGUAUUGAUGGUUACACUGGAGAAAAUUGUACUACAAAAAUUGAUCAUUGUCAGAAUCACUCGUGUUUAAACAAUGGAAAAUGUAUUAAUAAUGUUUUAAAUUACACAUGCACGUGUCCUAUUUUAUUCACAGGACGUCAUUGCGAGAUCGAAUUGUCAUCCGAUUAUGUGAUACAUUUCACCAAAUCGGGAACUACAGAUUAUGCCAGUAUGAAAGGUCCUACAAAAAAUUUGUUGAAGUUAACUGCGUGUUUGUGGCUGCAAUCUAAGAAUACGUUCAAUUAUGGCACUGUGUUAUCAUAUGCUACAUAUUAUUACGAUAAUGCAUUCACUUUGACCGACUAUAAUGGAUUAGUAAUAUAUCUAAAUGGCGAGAAAAUAAUAACUGAUAUUAAAGUAAAUGAUGGCCAUUGGCAUUUCGUUUGUUUCACCUGGGAAGCAGAAAAUGGUUCUUGGAAUAUAUUUAUCGAUGGGAUUUUAAGAGACAAUGGCAUUUAUUUAGCGAAAGAAACUUCCAUCGAAGGUAAUGGAACUUUUGUGAUUGGACAAGAGCAAGAUCGUAUUGGUGGAGGAUUUUCAGAGUCAGAAUCUUUUUUGGGAAAAUUGACGUUACUAGACAUUUGGAGUACAGUUUUGGCAGCAAAAGAUAUCAAACAUUUGCUUAAUACCUGCGAGAAAUAUCAUGGUGACAUAAUUGCGUGGGCACAAGUGCAACAACAUAUUCAUGGUGAUGUUACAAUAUUAAACAGUCCAUUUUGUCAUGGCUGUCCUUUACCAGUUGUACCAUUUAAAGGUAACAUAAAUGUUAGCGAAAACGCAUCGAAUAUCACUUAUUAUUGCGAUAGUGGUUACGUAGUUCGAUAUCAUGGUAAAGAAUACCGAUCUUUGAAAGUAAAAUGUCUCAAACAAGGACAAUGGGAAGGAUAUUAUACACCCAUUUGUACUAGAAGAAAAUGCGGAUUUCCGGGAUACUUUCCACGAGGUCGCAUACAUGGUAGAUCAUAUUUAUUCGGAGAUGAAAUACAUUAUUCUUGUUUAAUUGGUUAUGAACUUCGAGGAAAUCCUCGUAGAAUCUGUAACGCUAAUGGAAAAUGGAGUGGUUUACCCCCAGUUUGCAUAGGAAAAACAUGUAAAAAUUUACUGGCUCCAGAACAUGGAGAUAUCGAUUACGUGAUAGAAGAAUACGAAAGAGACGAUCUUUCUAUAUUACAGGUAGGGCAACAAAUUGAAUUUAAAUGCGAUCUUGGAUAUCGCUUAAUAGGUGAAAAAUUUUUAACAUGUUUGGAAUCUGGAGUAUGGGAUCAUGAAAGACCUACUUGUGUAACUUAUGGAUGUCCAAUACCAAAAGAGAUUAAAAAUGGUUAUAUAAUUUUUGAAAAUUCGAUUAAUCUACAUGAAACUUUUAUUACAAAACUUAACUUACAAUCGAUAAAUGAUACAUUCAAGAAAAAUUAUGAUUUUAAUGAUAUCGUUAGUUAUUCUUGCCAUCCAGGAUAUAAAUUUCAGGAUAAUCAUAAUUUGUUAAAUGAAUUUAAGCUUCAAUGUUCAGAAAAUGGUACUUGGAUUGGAUUUGUACCUGACUGUGUACCUUUAAAUUGUCCUUGGCCCAAGAAUAUGAAUAAUGGUAAAUUAUUAUUUAGAACACGAAAUAACGAAACUAUUGAACUUUUAGAAAAAAAAACAGUAUCUACUAAUACGAAUACAGAAAUAUCAUUAGAAGAUAAUAUUACCAAAGAAAAUCGAAAUUUGAUAAAACAAUUUGUCAUUGGUACUGAAAUAUUAAUAAAAUGUGAUAUAGGAUAUAAAUUAAUCGGCAAUAGAUCUAGAAUUUGCACAGAUAAUGAAGAAUGGUCAUCUACGUUAUCGUAUUGUGAACUUCAAGAAUGUCCAUUUUUAAAUCAUCCACUUUUUCAAAUCCUUAAUAAAGAAAUAGAUCCAAAUAAUCAUACUAUUUGGAAAAAUGGUAAAAAUAAAAAAUUAUAUAAUGACACUCAUGAAAACUUCGAAAUCUUUGUGGAAGGCUAUACUUAUAUGAAAAAAAUUGUUCUUAGUUGUAAUAACAAUGGAAAAAUUAAAUUUAAUAAUAAAAAUAUUCAUAAUUCUAUUUCUAAUUUAACUUGGAUUUGUAAUGAACAUGCUAAAUGGCAAAUCAUUGAUACAGAAUUAAAUGAUACUAUCAUUAAAAUUUUAUUUAAUAAUGGAAUAGAUAAUAUUUGUCAGACAUUUAUGUGUGCUUUAGUUACAAUUCCAGAAUAUAGUUAUAUAGUUGAGACAAAUUAUACAAGAACUGUUAAUAGUACUAUUACAUUCAAAUGUCAUCAAGGCUAUAUUCUUGAAGGCAAUGAAAAAUCAAUUUGCUUUCCAAACAAUACAUGGUCUUCUACUCCUUUUUGUAAACCUGUAAUAUGUGGUAAACCUCCAAAAAUUGCAAAUGCAGUGUUAAUAGAAGAUAACAUUAAAAUAAAAAAUUUUACAUUUGGUAAUAUAAUUACGUAUAAAUGUUUACCUGGAUAUUUAAUGUUUGGUCAAUCUAAUAUGAAAUGUCUUGCAAAUGGAAAAUGGUCUAGAAUAUAUAGCAGAUGUUCAAAACUUUCGUGUAACAAACCGAAACUCCCAUUUGGUGCAACAAUUCGUGGUCGUUCUUAUUUGUAUCAAGAUCAAUUGACAUAUGUGUGUCCUGGUGGUAAAAAAUUGGGAUUAAUCACAUGUCAGGCCGACGGAUAUUGGAGCGAUCCACCAAAUUGCAAUGAUAAUUAACAAAAGAACAUAUUAAUAAAAGUAAUUAUACGUAUAAAUUUUAAUAAACCAUAGCAAAUUUAUUUAAUCAUUUUUUUAUUAAAUAACCACAAUUAUUAAAUCUUUCAAAUUUUAUAAUUCUAUUUCGAUUUACGCAUAAGUAUGUUUCCACAAAAUAAUGUUAUUGUACAAGUGAAAUUGUUCUACUAAUGAUUUAAAUUUGAAUAU